AUGAAAACAGAAUCAGAUAAUGAAAUAGAAACUUUAUAAACUAUGUGGAAAAACAUAAAGUAUUAUAAUAAUAUCUAAUAAAUAGACAACGUAUGGAAUCAAAACAUGAUGAUUCAGAUAUUUUAUAAUAACCUCCAUAAUAAUAAAUUACAAUAAAUAGCCCAUAUGCUGCUAAGAAUUAUUAAGUGUAAAUUUAAGCUUUACAAGAUGAAUUGUUUCAAAAAAACACUAAAUUAAUAACUGCUUAAUAGUAAUUGAAUUAAAUUAGUGAUGAAAAUUCAUAAUUAUAAGAUGAAUUAGAGUAAGUGAAAGUUGAAAAUUCGUUAAUUAAAUAGAAAUUGGAAUUAAUAGAAUCAUAAAUAGAUUCAAUUUAAGCAGACAAAGAGAGUCUAAAAUUAAUAAGAUUGGAGAAUGAAUAGUUAAGAAUUGAUGUUAAAAAAUUACUUGAAUUAUUAAGAAAAACAAAAGAAUAUAAUAAUAUAGGUUUUGAUGAAAAUUAAUCAUAUGUUAAAGGGAGUGUUAAAUUUGAUACUAGGAAAUCUAAGAUAAAUGAAAUGUAUACAAAUAUGUCAAUAUUAGAAAUUGGGUUCCUACUAAGUGUAUAGAAUUGAUGUAAGAUUAUGAUAAUAAGGAGGAAGUCUUAUUGUAAUUAAGUAAUUAAUUUCAUAAUUGUUAUAAUGAAAAAAUAAAUAAAUUAAAGUAGAAUUCUCAAUUAGAAAUUGAAUAAUUAAGAAGACAAUUAGAUAGUAGAACUACUGUUGAUGGAAUGUAACAAUAGAAGUAAAUAGAAAGAUUGAAGAAAUAAAAAAAUGGAACUGGUAAGGAUAAAGUGGAUAUUUCUUAAUUACAAGAUUGUUUUAAUUUGAUCAAAUAAAAGGAAUUAUAGAUUAUAGAAUUAUAAUAAAGGAUAUAAGAAAUGAAUUAAUAAAUGAAUGCAGAUGAUAAUUACAGUAAUAUGAAAAAAUAAGUAUUUAUAGAAGGAGCUUAAUGGAUAUGUAUUAAAUAAUGUAAUUAUAAAAGUGGCUAAGAUAUUGGAUGAAGUUGUUGCAUAUGAAAUUAGUUUGAAUGAAUUGAAUUAUGAUGUAGCAAUAAAAAUAGAAAGUCUAAUGAGUUCAGAAGAUAUUGUUUAAUAAUAAAUCAUAAAUAAAGUUUAUUAUUGGAUAACAGAUACUUCAAGAGAAUUGAUUGACACAUUCAAAGAUAAAUUAUAAUCAAUUAUGAAUACUACUAAUAGUAGAAUUUAAUAGUUAUGA